UCGGUCUCAAAAGUUUCGUUCAUUUCAGUGCUCGGUUAAUCUUAUUGGUGAUCGUGUGUGUCAAGUUUCAUAAACGCUCACGUACAUUAUUUCGAUAAGAAAGUGGUUUCAACUUUUUUAAAGUAUAUAAAUAAAUAGCAAUAUGCCACAUACUUUUUUCAAACAAAAUGGGGGAAGAUGUAAAAUGGAGACGGUAGAUAAGCUGUUCUGUCCCAUUCUGGAGAAAACCGACGACACUGGCAGCAAGGUGACCGUCGUCGGCACCGGACAAGUGGGCAUGGCGGCCGUGUUCUCCAUGCUUACACAGGGUGUGACCAACAACAUUGCCCUGGUGGACGUGAUGGCGGACAAGCUGAAGGGUGAGAUGAUGGACUUGCAGCAUGGGUCCGCCUUCAUGAGGAACGCCAAGAUACAGGCCAGCACAGACUAUGCCAUCACAGCUGGCUCCAAGAUCUGUGUGGUGACAGCGGGUGUGCGGCAGCGGGAAGGGGAAUCCCGUCUGGAUCUAGUUCAGAGGAACACCGAUGUGCUAAAACACAUUAUACCUCCUCUAGUGAAGUAUAGUCCUGAUGCCGUAUUCAUAAUAGCCAGCAACCCAGUAGAUAUCCUGACGUACGUGACGUGGAAACUGAGUGGUCUGCCGAAGCACCGCGUCAUUGGCUCGGGGACGAACCUCGACUCAGCCCGGUUCCGCUACCUCCUGUCUGAGAAGCUUGGUGUGGCCACCACGUCCACCCACGGAUAUAUUAUUGGAGAGCAUGGUGAUAGUAGCGUGCCUGUCUGGUCCGGGGUGAACAUCGCCGGCGUUCGUCUCAGCGAUCUCAACCCUAAAAUAGGCACGGAAUCUGAUUCCGAGAACUGGCGGGACACCCACAAGAUGGUGGUACAGAGUGCCUACGAGGUCAUAAAGCUGAAGGGUUACACCUCCUGGGCUAUUGGCCUCUCGCUCGCGCAGCUGGCUCGAGCUGUGCUUUCCAAUGCCAAUAGUGUACAUGCUGUCUCUACUUACAUCAAGGGUAUGCAUGGAAUAGAAGACGAAGUAUUCCUGUCUCUGCCCUGUGUCCUGGGUCAGAACGGCGUUUACGACGUGAUCCGCCAGCCACUCACCGACACCGAGGCAGCUCAACUGAGGAAAUCUGCCGAGCUUAUGGGGAAAGUCCAGGAACGCAUAAAGUUCUAGAUUUAAAAAAGAAUUAAUUUUAAUAGCACAUUUACGUAAGGCAAAAUUUUGGAAUGUUUUUAGUUGAGAAAUAUUAGAGGCUUUUAGAAUAAUUUCAGUUUAAAAGGCCAAGAAGUAAAAAGUACCAAAUCAAUAAUUAAAAAUAAUUAUAAAUAUUACGGGGAAUCGAGUAGUUUCUAUGCGGAGAUUUAAUAGCAUAAAAUGAGAAAGUAAAGGGAAAAUAAGAUAAGGAAUAAUUAAUAGCCAAAUCUCAAACAAAGAAAAGUAUGAUAAGAAAGAAAAAAGUAGUUCGAAGUAAGUGCUGCCUCGAACGACCUCCCAUUGCGGAUUUUGCUCUUACGAGGACCACAUGUCCCUGUUGUCUGCUACUGCCUACAUCAGCAUUUCUCAGCUUCCACUCAAGUAAUCCACUUUCUUAUUUGUUUGUUGUAUCACAACAUUUUGUACAAAAUCGAAGUUAUAGUCAUAGCCUGUCCCAGUGUAAUUAAUAUUAUCGAACAGACGAUUUAUAACUGUUGUGCAUUUCAAUGCGUUUAUAUGUUAAGUUAUGAUCCGAUCAUGACAAUUUUUGAAGUACAUAAUAUAUUAAAUACGUCUUACUGAAUUUAUCAAUGAGCUACUGAAAACAUGUCUUUAAAGGAAUAAGGUUGCCCUUUAACCUUUUACGUAUGCCUGUCUAAAUUAUGUAUGUGAUGUUUUGUAAGUAACUUUUAAAAAUACAAAAUUAGUGUUUUUGAUGUGAACGCAGUAUAUAUUUUUAGAUUGAUAAAUGUUAUUUAUGUAUUUCACUGAUAGUAAAUUAUAAAAAAAUGAUUGUUUUUGCUUAGGCUUAGUCGCAUAGUAUUCUUCACGUUUUAUUAUUUGUCAGUAUUACCUCUUUACAUACUAGUUAUGUCACAAAGUAUUCAAGAUGAUUUAAAUUAUAAUAAAUUUUUAACUAGAUAAAUAAAGUUUCCUAAGGUUUAUGUAAGUGUAUUUAGAGUAAAAAAAACAUAUUAAAUUUGUAUUUCACUAGGUGUACCUAUGUGUUUUAUAUAAACUAGCGAUUAGCUUCGGCUUCGCCCGUAUUGUCUUUAUAUCUUCUUAAGAAUAUUUGACAGUGAUUUUGGUCUUUCGUAAUUUUAUAUUUUCUCAAUGUUUGUACAAGCAAAAUUUGCUGUAUUAAUAAAUAAUAAGUACGUACAAUUUAGUGUUUUCGUCAAAAUUCA